UUUCUCUGAUGUUCAUAUAGCUACUGUAAAGAUUUCAUCAGGACUGAUUCACACUAUGUUUAGGCUGUGUAGCAGCUCAUCACAGAAGCCGAGGACCCCUAAAAGGGCGGGGCGAUUUUAUCCUGAAAAAGUAGGCUAACCGAAAUCUGGUGGUCUGAAACUGAAAUCAAGAAGUAGCAUUUUUGAUUCUGUUGGCUUUUUUUCUUCUUCACGGAAAAGUAUCGUUCGUUUUUUAAAUGGAUGGAUGGUUUACUCGACGUACAGUAAUAGGCCCACGCGCAUCGUAACCUUAAGCGACUAUGGGCUUUUGUGUAUCCCAUUUUGAAAAUUUUAAGCGAAAACAAUAGGCUACUAAAGUAACAGCUUCUAACAGGAGGCCAUAUACCAUUGACUGUAUUCCUCGAAAUGGCCUUCGUUUGUUUUUAACGUGUUACGUUAUCUACCUCGACUUAUAUUAUUUUGAAAAAAAUAAAUAAAUAAAUAAAAAAAAAGCGGAUGAGCACUAAAUCAUGAGGAGUUUAUUGAUCGGAUAUGUAGGAGACUGUGAAUAUGAUUCAUAAAUCUUUUUUCCUCUGCCUGUGGAUUUGGAUCUCGCAUGGUGUGUUUGAUGUUAAAACGGAUGAAAUUAAGUUAUCAGUGAUGGAAGGAGAUUCUGUCACUUUAAACACGGAUGUCACUGAAGUACAGAAAAAUGAUCACAUACUGUGGAUGUUUCAAAUUAAUAAUUCAGACACUCGUGUAGCUGAAAUCCAUAAGCAGGUCGUUGAUAUGUAUGACAGUAAUGAGACAUUUGGAGACAGACUGCAGAUGGACAGUCAAACUGGAUCUCUGACCAUCAGAAACAUCAGAACUGAACACUCUGGACUUUAUAAACUAACAAUCAUCAAAGCUGGGGUCACAUACAAGCGUUUUUCUGUUGCUGUCUAUGCUCCUCUACCGAUUCCUGUCAUCACUGGAGACACUUCAAACUGUACUUCGUCAUCAUCAUCUGAAAGAUCAUCAGUGUCCAGAUGUGUGCUGCUGUGUUCAGUGGUGAAUGUGGGUCAUGUGACUCUCUCCUGGUACAAAGGACACAGUUUAUUGUCCAGCAUCAGUGUGUCUGAUCUCAGCAUCAGUCUCUCUCUUCCUCUGGAGGUGGAAUAUCAGGAUAAAAACACCUACAGCUGUGUGAUCAACAAUCCCAUCAGCAACCAGACUCAACACAACAUCAACAUCGCUCAACUCUGCCACACGUGUCCAGAACUCAAGCAGCAGACACUGUUGGUGGUAUUAUCAGUUGUAAUGAUAAUACUGGUCUUGGCUGUAGUUGUGGGGGCGAUAUACUUUAACCGCAGGAAAUGCAAACAAGCAAGAUCACAAGUCCAGACUUGCAAGGAAGAGGUACUUUAUGCCGAAACAACAUUUUGUGCACGCAGUGUUCACAGUACGGUAAGACACUGUAUUUUACAGUGUGCAGCGAAUCUGUCUGCAGAAGCCACAGAGGCCGAGAGAAAAAUAUGCGCUUGCACACGUCACGAAGCAGAAAAUGUGCCAUCCUGUGCUGAUGUCAGUGUUUUACUUGUGUUUGCUGUCUGUGCAUUAUGUGGCCUUUAAAUCAAUAUAAACCACUUAAUGUCUGCUUAUGCUUGCUCUUUUUCUUGAAAUACGUACCAAUAAGAACAUAUCACUGCAGUUUCCAAAAUAAAUGAACACUUUCACAAAGAUUUACAGAGUUGCGAUUAAUAAAGCAUAAUUUUCACACAAUUACUUGAAGAAUAUCAUGCUAUGACUUCAAAACAAUAUUAAUAUGUUGGGAGAUUUGAAAACUGAUGCUUUUAAACAUUAGCAUCGCACACAUCCAGCUUCAUAUCUAUGGGUUUUCAUACAUGACAAGUUUGUUCGUUAGCUCACGGAGCACGGAGACGGACUUAAGAGACGAGAAGCACCGGUUCGAAUCCUGUGUAAUUACGGUUCGACAAAGCAGUUAAAAUCUGUGUAAAAGGAAGUUCAAAUGGCACAGUUGCAUCAGCUAAUAUGUUUUUAAAUCAGUUUUGCAUUUGUUAACACUAUCGGGUAGGUUUAGGGCUGGAUUUGGUGUAGGGCAUAUUUCCAACACGAUAGAGCAUUAACCUUCAGCGACAGUCCCCGGAUAUUUGAAUUCUGAACCGCCGCAAUACGUAUCUGAAGCAACGUAAUAAAAAAACAGCAAUACGUACCAAUAUCUACGUAAUAAAAACAUGCCAGGGUUCACAUAUUGAACCUGUGUUUUAGCGCCACUCAGUGGACAUUUCUAUUUGAAACUGCGGCGAAACGUGCAGCAAGGUACAUGAAACGGUGUCACACAAAAAGUGCGCAGAAGUACGUAAAUGCCAUGAGACCAGGUUGUGAUUAUGCCUCUGAAAAGCCACAGGAAUCUGUAACAGACACACAGACAGUGAUGCACAGUCGUCAAAUCACAAAAGCAUUUUUAUCAACCCCAAAACUUCAAUGGCAGCUAAAUAAAAUACAGGAAAGCAGUGCCAGAACUGCCUGUUGACUUUUUGCUGCUCUACCAGUGAUUAACAAUGAACAGACAAAAAUGAAAAUGCUUUUAAAAUGCCCAAAAUAUCCUUUAAAUGCCAAAAGUGAAGCUCUGUUUAAAGUCUCCCCUUUGUGGUAGAAAUUGUGCAUGUACAAAUUCCCAUUAUUUAUGAAAGUUUCUUAAAAUGACCGAAUAAAACAUCAUGCUUUUGCUAUCAUGUCCUGUGCUUGUAAUUGUCUUUGUAUUCAGCCAUUGUCCUUGAGCCAAUUUAUAGUGUUUUAUAAUCUAGAAGGAUUACAAGUACAUUACCAGACUGUUGGUAUAGAUGUAUACACACAAACACUACUUAUAUACAUAUACACAAUUUUUUCGUUAUUUUAGUUUUAAUUCCUAAUCUUCAUGUUUUGAUUUCUUUCAGAAACCGGAUGAAGAACACCACAUCAUAUACUCGAGUGUUAAUGCAAAAUGACAGGAUCAGUGGUUAUUAGCAUUUUGGUGACUAAUAUAAAGCUGGCAUGAAAAAGUCAUUUUUCAAGUACUUCAGGGUCCAUGAUCUCAAAGUGCAUCUUUAAGGGCAGAUUUUCAGAGAGUGACGAAUGCUUCACAGUUACGAAUGUAAGUGAUUGAAACCUAGUGUUCAGUGUCAUCAGCAUUUGAUAACUAUUUCAGGAUUGAUUAACAUGUAUUAUUAAUUUCUCUGGAAUAUUUGAUAUUGAUUGGUCAGUUGGGAUUCAGCAGUCAAAUAUUUCUGAAUAAUCUCCACUCAUCUAAGUAACUCCGUAUAACUAUCCACUCAUCCCUAAAAUCUCAUAGAUAUUAUUUAAUGGAUUAUACCUAAUGUUACAUUGGAACCUCAGGGUUUGACACCAGUUUAAUCUAACCUUGACCAACAUGCUGUUCUUUAUAAAAAAUAUAAAGUGUCAGACUUCCUUCUUCUGGAGGUGCAGCUGGAUCACGAACAAUGGGUACUGAGCCAUCCUUGAGUGUUAUCUUUUUAACAAAACCUGCCUUGAAUUGUCCCUCGUUCAGAAAGCAGUCUGGAGUAAAAUUAUUUGUGCAGAUAUAAACAAAUUUAGGUGUAUUCGGUGGCACAUUACCAUUAAAAACAAAACUAAUGCACAGCGUCCUCAGUGGCUCUGGUGUCAGGAGAAAAUUAAGAUUCUUACAUUCUUCUAUGUCAAAAAACUACAAAACAACUGCAUUGCUUACAAGACAUUGUCGCUACAGCUGCUGGAGCAUGGAGAAAAUUAUGGACUUCGUACAACUGGCUGAGGGCGAAAAUAUGCUAAUAUUAGACAGUACUUCAGUGGUUGAGGGCGGGGCCUGAGCAACAUGGCAUCAUACUGCUCAGAAAAUCAAAACGGCUUGAUAAUUGAGACUGUUUAGGAUUUUGGAGGAUUAAAAAAGUGAAUGGAUUUUUAUCAUUGUAGGGUGGUUGUGUCCACACACUGCUAAGAUACAUUUAUAUGCAAACACCAUGUAAAAGUGAAUUUUGCAUCCAAUGUCUACUUUAAAAUUCUUCCUAACACUGCUAAUACUGUACUACUCUCACAGGUAAAGUAGUAAUGCAAUGCAAACAAAACCUUUGUUAUCUGUUUCUACAUUCAUGUACUAAACUUUCUAAAACAGCACUGACCAUGUGUUUAUGUUAUUAAAUCAGUGUUGCCCAAAUAAAAAUAAUUUUGCCAUGACAAAAAGUAUCUAAAAAGAGUCUUUCACUGUUUACUGAUGUCUUUAGUCCAAAAAAGUUUGCCAUGUUCUAAAGAAAGAUGUCAUUGUGGACUUACACAGUAAUCAUUUGACUAAUUCAUAAAAGAACCUUACCUCUGUGCUUGUCCACUCUGGAGAUGUAAAACCUGGUGAAUUCA